GCGCCAAAAAAAGGCGGUGUAUGGUUGGACUUUAACUCGGCAGGUCGUGUAAACACCCUCGACUAUUAAUUCGCGUUAUUACUUUAAUUCAGACAUUAAAUCUUCCCAACAAACCAAACAUAACCGUCAUGGACCUGUUGCACAUUUACGAGUGGAUCGACAUAAAAGCUGUAUUGUUUUUUGCCUGUGUGUUUUUAUUACUGAGUAAUUAUAUCCGAAAUAAAGUACCGAAAAACUUUCCUCCUGGACCAUGGCCUUUACCCAUCAUUGGAAACCUCUAUCACAUCGAUUUCAACAAGAUUCAUCUUGAAGUGGAAAAGCUUUCAGAAAAAUACGGAAGCAUUGUAAGCGUUCAUCUUUUCGGACAAAGAACUGUUAUUCUGAACGGGUACAAACAAGUGAAGGAGGUGUAUAUACAACAGGGCGACAACGUGGCUGAUCGACCUGAGUUACCUAUAAUUCACGACAUAGCCGGAGACAAUGGUUUAGCUGCUCCCAGUGGAUAUAAAUGGAAGCAACAGAGGAGAUUCGCACUCACAACUCUUCGGAACUUUGGUUUGGGGAAGAAAAGUCUGGAGCCAUCCAUCAAUCUUGAAUGUCACUGUCUAAAUGAAGCCAUUUCAAAUGAAAAUGGUCGACCCUUUGACCCUCACAUACUUCUGAACAACGCUGUCUCGAAUGUGAUCUGUGUGCUGGUGUUUGGUAAUCGAUUUGACUACAGUGACCAUAAUUUCCAGACUCUGCUGAAGAAUAUUAACGAGGCUAUGUAUCUAGAUGGAACAAUUUGGGCUCAACUUUAUAACUCCUACCCAUGGAUUAUGCGGCUACUGCCUGGACCACACAAGAAAAAUAUUAGUCUGUGGUACAAAGUGAUUGACUUUGCUCGAGAGAAGGUGAAAGAACACAGAGUGGAUUAUGAUCCAUCAAAUCCUCGAGACUACAUUGACUGUUUUCUAGCUGAAAUGGAAAAGCUUAAAGACGACACAGCUGCAGGGUUUGAUGUGGAGAACUUGUGCAUCUGUACUCUGGAUCUCUUUGUAGCAGGAACUGAGACCACCUCCACCACUCUUUCUUGGGGUCUUCUCUACAUGAUAAAGUAUCCUGAGAUUCAAGCUAAAGUUCAGGAGGAGAUUGAUCGUGUUGUUGGAAGUUCACGACAGCCAUCUGUAUCAGACAGAGACAACAUGCCCUACACCAAUGCUGUCAUUCAUGAGAUACAGAGGUUCGGAAAUAUUGCCGCAUUAAAUUUGCCGCGGGCUACUGUGAAAGAUACCCAAGUUGGGAAAUACUUAAUUCCAAAGGGCACAAUUGUAAUUGGCAAUUUGACAUCAGUGCUGUUUGAUGAGUCUGAGUGGGAGACGCCUCACUCUUUUAACCCGGGUCACUUCCUGGAUGCUGAGGGCAAAUUCAGGAGGAGAGAUGCCUUUUUACCCUUUUCUCUGGGAAAGAGAGUGUGUCUUGGGGAGCAGUUGGCGAGGAUGGAGCUCUUUCUCUUUUUCACCUCUCUGAUGCAGCGCUUCACUUUCUCUUCACCAGCAGGUGUGGAGCCCAGCUUCAAUUACAAACUGGGAACCACAAGAGCUCCUAAACCAUUCACAUUGUGUGCAGUGUCUCGAUCUAUCCAGUUCAUCAUGGACCUGUUGCAGUUCUACGCGUGGCUUGACGUCAAGACUAUUCUGGUAUUUUUGUUUGUGUUUUUAUUUUUGAGGGAUUAUAUCAGAAAUAAAUCACCGAAAAACUUUCCUCCUGGACCUUGGUCUUUGCCGUUUAUUGGACACAUUCAUCAUAUCGAGCACAAGAAGAUUCAUCUUCAGUUUUUAAAGUUUGCAGAAAAAUAUGGAAAGAUUUUCAGCAUAAGACUUUUUGGACCAAGAAUUGUUGUGUUGGAUGGAUAUAAACUAGUAAAGGAGGUGUAUUUGCAACAGGGUGACAAUCUGGCUGAUCGGCCAAUUUUACCAAUAUUUUAUGACAUCACUGAAGACAAAGGUUUAAUUGGGGCCAAUGGGUAUAAAUGGAAGCAUCAGAGGAGAUUUGCACUCUCAACUCUUCGAACCUUUGGAUUGGGGAAGAAAAGUCUGGAGCCGUCCAUCCACCUGGAAUGCAGUUGUCUGAACGAAGCCUUUUCAAAUGAACAAGGUCGACCCUUUGACCCUCGCUUGCUUCUGAACAACGCUGUCUCAAAUGUGAUCUGUGCGCUUGUGUUUAACAAUCGAUUUGACUACAGUGACCAUCAUUUCCAGACUCUGUUAAAACACAUCAACGAGGCCUUAUAUCUGGAAGGAACAGUCUGGGCUCAGCUUUACAACUUUUUCCCAUGGCUCAUGCGACGACUGCCUGGACCACACCAAAAAAUAUUUGUUCUGUUGAACAAAGUGAUUGACUUUGUUAGAGAGAAGGUGAAUGAACACAGACUGGAUUAUGAUCCAUCAAAUCCUCGAGACUACAUUGACUGCUUUCUAGCUGAGAUGGAAAAGCUUAAAGACGACACAGCUGCAGGGUUUGAUGUGGAGAACUUGUGCAUCUGUACUCUGGAUCUGUUUGUAGCAGGAACUGAGACCACCUCCACCACUCUGUAUUGGGGUCUUCUCUACAUGAUGAAGUAUCCUGAAAUACAAGCUAAAGUUCAGGAGGAGAUUGAUACUGUUGUUGGAAGCUCACGGCAGCCAUCUUUAUCAGACAGAGACAACAUGCCCUACACCAAUGCUGUCAUUCAUGAGAUACAGAGGAUGGGAAAUAUCGUCCCAUUAAAUGUGUUUCGAAUUACAGUGGAAGAUACUCAGAUAGGAAAAUACUCUAUUCCAAAGGGCACACUUGUGAUUGGCAGUUUGACAUCAGUGCUGUUUGAUGAGUCUGAGUGGGAGACGCCUCACUCUUUUAACCCGGGUCACUUCCUGGAUGCUGAGGGCAAAUUCAGGAGGAGAGAUGCCUUUUUACCUUUUUCUCUGGGAAAGAGAGUGUGUCUUGGGGAGCAGUUGGCGAGGAUGGAGCUCUUCCUCUUCUUCUCCUCUCUGCUGCAGCGCUUCACUUUCUCUUCACCAGCAGGUGUGGAGCCCAGCUUGGAUUAUAAACUGGGCGGUACUCACAGUCCCAAUCCAUACAAAUUGUGCGCAGUGCCACGAUAAGACAGUCAGAACUCAAAUAUUUGUUGAUGCAUUGUUAAUUUUCUUUUUUUGACAGAUAAAUGAUAGUACAUAUAGCGUAUGUUACAGAAAAACAACAAACAGCCAUAAUAACAGUAACAAAAACAACAAAACAUGAAAAUAUCAAAAGCAAAGAUAGAUGUAUGAGUAGACAGAGUGUGCUGCAAACAUUUUCCACAGCCUAUAUUAAAAAAAGAAAUCAGAAAGAAAAG